CACACACACAUACACACACACACACACACAGCUGGGAGCAAUCCCACCCCCUCAGCAUGUAACCUGUAACUGCGAGCCUAGAAGUUUACUGGACCGGUUGGCUGGGGCCGCACACACGCGGGUCCUAUAGAACCGCAGGAUGAACUUCAGCUUGAUAAUGGAUUAACCAGCAAACUCCUGAUGUCUGUGGAUGAAACACCCACGACGAGUGAGUCACUCUCAGCUCCACACAGCUGAAUAAACCCGCGCUGGUGCGGACGGGAAAGUUUUUCUUGGGUAUUUAACUUCCCAGUGCUUAAAGCGUGCUCAGAGUCCGGCUUUUUAUGGAGAAGUGGCGCGCGCGGAGCGACAGUUGCUGCGCGAGCCUCUUGUAUCCGUCAUGGACAGCGCGCGGGUGCGCAUCCCCACAACUCAGCUGGCUCUAGAAGUUACUUUUGUUCCGAGCUGAAGUUAAAGGCUGACGGAGGGGUCUCUCUUCUGACCUAACGAGCUCUUUUACUCAGAACCAAACAGAAGACAGGUCUUAUUAUUUUAACAAAAGGAAACAUCAAAGUGGAGAAGAUGCGUCAGGAGGUCGCGAGGAGAUUCCAGAUGCUGCUCGUGCUCUGGUCCUUCAGCGUGGGGACAGGCUUCCCCACUAAACACAAGAACUUUCCUCACAAAAUUUACAGCCAACCAGUUCACAGUGGUGGGGUCCAGCAUGCUUCUGAGACUUUAGAGGAGCACAACCAGGUUCAGAGUCUUCUGCCAGAGCCCCACAACCAGCAGAAGAGGUGGUCUCACUCCCAGCAUCGCUCUGUUGGUGUUCUUCCCCAGCCUGAACCAGAGGAGACCAAACCCUUUAUCUUCGACCUAAAGAACUUUCCAGACCUAGCCAAUGCGGACAUCAAUUCCCAGAACCCCAACAUACAGGUCACCAUAGAGGUGGUGGAUGACCCUCAGAUGGAGGUAGAAAUGGACCUGGCUAAUGAAAAAGACUGGCUACCCCCUUCCUCCUCCUCCCCUUCCUCCACUGUAGACUGGCUCGGAGGAAAGAAGCUUUUCUGGCCGCUGUUUUGGAGUUACACUGACUCUGAUUCCAGUGAAGGCAGCAACAGUCGGUUAGGUGUAGAGGAAGCUGGUGAGGAGGGGGAGGAAGAUUACACUUUGGAUUAUGGCAGUGAAGAGCCCUUACCCAGUGGGGUGGGUGGAGAGUGGGACAACCAUUGGAACGAAGGUUGGGAUCGCAUGCAGACUUACUAUGAGAAAGACACAGAUGAGUGGACUCCUUGGUCUCCAUGCUCAGUGACAUGUGGACACGGGGAAAGGAAGAGGACAAAGUCUUGUGGCUACUCCUGCACUCUGACUGAAGCUUCUAAAUGUGACCUGGAUCCUUGUCCUGGUGAUGUCAACACCAUGGUAGAACCUUUCCCUUUUGAGAUGGAGAAUGGCACAGAACCCUUUGGAACAGAUGUGGACAGCUGUGAGAAAUGGCUCAAUUGCAAGAGCGAGUUCCUCCAGAGGUAUCUGCACCAGGUUCUGUCUGAGCUCCCCAGCUGCCCCUGCUCCUACCCGUCCGAGGUGGCGUACACUGUGGUCAGCCUGCACGACGACACUCACGGCCAGCCGUUUCGCUGGCGGGACGCCAGCAGCCCCAAGGAGCGUCUGGAUAUCUACAAGCCCUCGGCACGCAGCUGCAUUCGCUCUGCGCUCUCCGGCGACUCAUCCACUCUCGCAGCGCAGCACUGUUGUUACGACGAGUUUGGACGGCUGAUCACGCGAGGGAAAGGCGCGGGCACGCCUAACCUCAUCAGUGCGGAGUUCUCCCACGAACUGCACUUCAAAGUGGAUGUGCUGCCAUGGAUCCUGUGCAAGGGGGACUGGAGUCGCUUCCACGAAGUGCGGCCGCCAAACAACGGAUUGAGCUGCCCAGAAAACCCCCAUGAAGACGUGUUUAUGAAUGAACUCGAGGAGGCCAGGGAGUACUGAGGCAUCACAGCCAAAAAACGACCAUGUGUCAGCCAGAAAGUCAGAGGACACAAUCAUGAUUUUAACUGAAGAUAUCACUUUAAACCUCCAUAUCAGCUGUCAAGCAUGCACAGGAAACUCAGAGGUAAUCUAUAAUUGUGAUUGUGAGUUUUGUGGUAUAGUCGGGUUAUCUAAUUUUAUAACUAAACAAUCCAAGCAAAUGGAUGGGAUGUUGUCUCACUGAUUGCCAACCUCUUACUCAUCUGGUAUUAUAUCACAUUUUAAUUCCUAAACAUUCCUGGGUGAAUGUAACCAUUAAGUCCACCAUAACUGGCUUCUGUUUUGCAUUUUGAAGCGUUUUAAUUGACAAAAGCAACACACGGUCUACAUUCAGGUCAUGUUUUCCUUCAUUUUUACAGUAGAAAGUGCUAUGUGAGUAAGGGUUGGUGAUUUUUAGGACAAUGACACAGCUACAGGCAGGAUCCAGUGGACAAAUAUCGAAUAAUGCUGCUACAGUAUAUGCAAAAGACCCAAAAUGCUUCACGCAUUUACUUUAAUGCACAUCACAGCCAGAGCUGUCCAGUGUUACGGGCAUACGGCUUUACACAACCCUGCUGUCCUCAGCAGACCUUCUAGGGAAAACAAAAAAGAGGUUAAUGAGGUGGUAAUGAUUCAGAACAAAAGCAAAUCUGAUUUUAAAUAUUUCAUCACACGGGUUGAUUUGUUUGCUCGCAUUUUCCUUGUGUGAUCUGGGUGCCAAAGAGAUACAAAUCUAACUGUUGGUGCCAGUAUGAAUCCAGCCUCCACAUAUCUCCAGAGCAGAUGUAGGAAAAACAGAGAUUAGAUUUCACUCAAAGAUGUGUCUGUACAAUGUUCUCAGGGGGACUAACUCACUAUGACAAACACAUUAGUUUUUUUUACCUCGUCAGCAGAGCACUUCUGGGUCCUGUACAAAUGUGUUGGGGUAAACGUUAGUGGGAGUUUACUAGCUGUGUAAAACAGAUUGAAAGUGAGGAACAGAUGAUGUUUUGUGCGGUUUUUAAAAGCUGAUCAAACACUUAAAAGCAAACGGUUGAUGUAUAUGGUAAGAAGUUGCUCUCAGGCUGUUUAUGCACAGAACUAGACUGGAUAGAAAGGACAUUCCCUCCGAUAGAAAGUAAUUGAGUUGGUAGCUGUUCUAAUUAAGAAUGUGUGUACCAGCAGCAGGACUUAGUUGAUUGGACCAAAUUCUUUAAAGAGCAAGUCACCCCCAAAUCCACUUUUUUGGCUGAUAAUCUAUGUAAAUGUUUAUGUAUUUAGCAGACGAGUGUCUGUAAAUGAGUGUCUAAUUGUGCUGUAGACACAUGUAGUCAGUAAUUUGGAACUUUAGUGCAUCUUAGUUAAGUUUUUAAAUAUUCUGCCUAAAGCUGUCAGUGUUGCGCCCUUUUCAGGCAAAAACUCCGCACUACAUUUGAUUUUAAAUCUGCUAUCGCUAUUGGCUAAGAGGUACUCUAUGACGUUAGCUGGUACCAUAUGAUGUCACAAUGUCGCUGUGAGCCAGUGUGUGUAUUUGUUAGCGACGCCACCCUCUUGGUCUGCCAGGAACGCCUCCUUGUAGCGCAUUUUUCAAACAGGAAAUGGGAGUGGAGUAAGAAUCUGGUAGGGGUGACUUGCUCUUUAAGUUUUUGAUAUCACGUUUGUUAUGAGGAUUUUAAAAGGCCAGAGUUAUUACACAGGCAGAUGGCCUCAGUCACCUUAGGCAAAAUAAUCCUAGUAAGUUCAAACAAAGGCAUCUGAACUUAUUUUAAAACUCACGGAUAUCUGAACUAUGGCGAUCCUUCUCAGUUAGCCUAAAAGGCUGACCUCUAAGCUUUUAAACAGAGGUGAGCUUCCCCUUUCUAGAAAGACGAGCUGCUAUGCAACUCGCCCUUCUCUUGAUGGUAACAAGCACUCUGAAGGGAGGAGAGGGAUUUACAUGCAAGUUCAGCUAGCAUGAACUCAUGCAGAGCCAAUCUCUGAGUUUCCACUGUAGCUGAGCUGAACACGUACAAAUCUCCCCCCCCCCCCCACCUGACCCCAGUGACCACUUCAAAGAAUGCCGCUCUUUUGUUGACUCUUUCUUCUCGCGCUCCAGAUUAUAACAACCACUCAGGAACUUACCAAUUCUCACUUUGCAGUGAAAAAGCUCCUCAGAUGAGAGGCAACCCUUCGUUUGAACUUACUGGUUAAAAGUCUAGGAGUUUGUGCCAAUAUAACUGUCCUUCACUUCCAGAUCAACAACAAUGUUCGUCAAACCAACCUAACAAAUGACAGAUUUAAAUUCUUCCUCCAGACACACACUUGGACUUUGGAGCAGCCAGUCUUUAAAGAAAGGCACUUUAUUUUUGCCGUUAUUUGAUGACAGUGUUAUUGUGUGAAGGCGAGCUUGCCAGAAAUGCUGCAUUCUUACACGAAGGCGCAAACACAUGUACGUGUUAUUAAAAAAAGCAUGAUCUUUUUGUGAUUGCUGAAUCCAGCAUUACAUUAUAUAUGUUGUUGUACAGUAUUUAUUUGUCUGUUCUCUAUUUUUAAAACAUUUGAUGAAGCUUUGAAGUGUCUCUACUCAACAUGGUGCACCAAUCAGACUUAAAAAUGAAGGCACCCGUUAACAAAGGGAAACCGCUUGUCUCAGAUCACUUCCCACAGAAGCAACAGGUGUCUGUAUUUAAUUUGGUGUUGGACCACGGUGUUCUAUGAAUAUGUUGUUGCAAAUAUAUUGAAGAAAAUAUAUAUAAAGAGCUUGCAUUCAUCAA